ACGACCUCGCUUCUCCCCUGGAGCUCUCCCGCGAUCUCAAGGAGACUUCGCAGAAGAGGAUGUACCCAUUUCCUCGAGCCUUAUACCUCCAAUGUCGCUGGAAGUUGCAGGAAAUUCACAAUCUUCUUCUUCGGAUAAUCCUUAUCCAGGGACUCAUUUACCACCUUUGCGAAAGAAUACAGCGAUACCUUUGCAUUCGCGCUCUAUGUCAAGUUUGCCCCUGUCUCAGCAGACUAGUACUGGAGAAAUUUCGGCGAGCAACAGAUUGCACAGUUUAGGCAUAUCGCCCCUUUCAGGCUCCCAUGAGUUCCCCAGAUUACAUUUUUUCACGCCAUAUCGAAUACACACGGGACCUUCUCAUCUCCGCCCGGUUAGCGUCAGUUCAAUCACGGAUCUACCCUCAGAAACGGUUCCUGUUCCAUUGAAUUCGCUCGCCCGAGCAAGAACAGUACUAGAUCCCGCUGCCGACCAUCAUAUUCAUUUAACUGUCCCCCCCGGCAGCGAUGGACAACCGGGCUCAGACGUUCUUACGCUCCAUGACGGCCCAUUGAUAGCUGAAAUGGUUGCAGAUGGGGUCAGGCGGUACGAAAGGCGCAUUCCCCGGCACACCGACAUUUGCAGAAUUACCAUCCCUCCUAUGACAGCCACAUUUCCGGUGCAUGAGUAAGCUACGCUUUGGCCAUUUUCUGCCGCUCCUC